UCUCGUGUACCAUCAUCCUCCCUCUUAUCUUAUUCACGUUUAUUCAAACCUUUUUUCCCCCGUUUCCUUUCUUCUAUCCUUUGUUCUCAUCAACCAUUCAAUUCAAAUAAUCAAUCUGAAAUCUACCUGCUUACUUGCUUCGCCGUCCGCCCCACCUCCUAGUGUCUGCUUGGCUUCCGAUCGCGACUGGGCGCGGCACACCCCUUUACCCUGGAUUUGUUCAGCCCAGGCUUACCCGCAAAUUGUCAAUAGGCAGUCCGACUAGGGACAAAUAAAUAUGUCCCCCAUCUAACCCGCUGCCUCCCUUUCAUUCUUUUUCUUCUCCCUCGCUGCCCCGCCCACUGCUGAUGGCUACAAGUCCGGCCAUCCGUAUUCUGGCCCUCCGGCCGGUUGUCCACGGUUUAGGAAAAUUGUUCCUUUUCACUCUCGCACAGCUACCUCUCAUCGCCGGCGCUCCGACGGUUCCUUAUCUCAAACGCUCCGAAGAAGUCCACGCAUUAUCCCCCAGCGACCCUAGUCUAUGGCUGUAUCUCGGUGUGGCCGCCGCGCUCGUCUUGACCGGCGGCGCAUUUGCCGGUCUGACCAUCGCUUUGAUGGGCCAGGUAUGUUCGCCACCGGCAAACCAGGCAGCACCUAUUAAUCCUUGGCUAAUUUUGGCGAUAGGAUGAGGUCUAUCUGCAGGUCAUUCAGACAUCCGGUGAAGGCGCAGAGCGAAAAAAUGCAGCCAGCGUGUUGAAAUUGCUAAAACGGGGAAAACAUUGGGUUUUGGUGACUCUCCUGCUCAGUAACGUCAUCACCAACGAGACCCUCCCCAUUAUUCUGGACCGAUCGCUUGGCGGGGGUUGGCCUGCGGUUCUCGGCAGUACAGUCCUCAUUGGUAACAAUGCACUUCCCCCUCACUUUCCAAUAUGAGCGAAAUUCGACUGACCUUGUCGGUCGGCGUCCAGUGAUUUUCGGCGAGAUCGUCCCCCAAUCCAUCUGCGUUCGGUAUGGCCUUCCCAUCGGUGCUUGGAUGGCCCCUUGUGUUCUGGCCUUGAUGUACCUUAUGUCGCCCGUGGCGUGGCCCGUCGCCAAAUUACUCGACCGCCUGUUGGGUGAGGAUCACGGUACAAUCUACAAAAAGGCGGGUCUGAAGACCCUGGUAACGCUCCAUAAGACUCUGGGAGAAGCGGGCGAGCAGCUCAACUCCGAUGAAGUUACCAUCAUCAGCGCUGUCUUGGAUCUAAAGGACAAGGCGGUUGGUGCCAUCAUGACCCCAAUGGAGGAUGUUUUCACCAUGUCUGCCGAUACCGUCCUUGACGAGGAGACGAUGGAUUUGAUCCUCUCCCAGGGAUACUCCCGCAUCCCCAUCCAUGCUCCGGAUAACCCCCUCAACUUUGUCGGCAUGCUUCUAGUCAAAAUGUUGAUCACUUACGACCCGGAAGAUUGCAAACGGGUCCGCGAUUUCGCCUUAGCCACGCUCCCCGAAACCCGUCCCGAAACUAGCUGUUUAGAUAUCGUCAACUUCUUCCAGGAAGGCAAGUCGCACAUGGUACUGGUCUCAGAAUACCCCGGUGAGGACCGGGGCGCCUUGGGCGUGGUUACACUAGAGGAUGUGAUAGAAGAACUGAUCGGAGAGGAAAUUAUCGAUGAAUCGGACGUUUUCGUUGAUGUCCACAAAGCCAUCCGGCGUAUGACACCUGCUCCGAAAUCCCGCGUGCCCAAGGGCAGAAUCGUGGAAGAACCACCCAUGCUAUCGAGCCAUCCCGCUCAAGGCACCUUAGUCGACAUCGGAGCUGAAGGUCGGGGACGAAGACAGUCGGAGGGACGGCGAAGCUCGGUGGAAGCCCCGUUGCCACGAUUCCAGCUCCGCAGACAACAGUUGGACAAAGGCGCGGAUUCGCCCGAUGGUUGGGUCACUCAACGGGGAACCACAGAUGAGAUUCGCGAACAUUUGAAGCAUCUUGGGCCUUCCAAUCUGGCCAGUCGGCCCCGUCAUACCCGGUACCAGAGCGUGAAGAUCAAGCGAGCCGGUGGUUCACCGACACGGUCGGGACAGACGGAUGGCGAUUCGGCCCUGAGUACUUCCGGGUCUGGGCAUCGUCGUGCCUCUUCGCUCGGUUUACCCGGUACCAGUGGUGGCAUCGGUGCCGGGCUCCUCCAAUCGGGCGGCUUGGACGCACGCGAUGGCGCGCAUGCACUACGUCUCGGGUACGACACCAUGUCGCAUCCUCCAGCCACAGAUACCGCAACCCAGACGAAAGAUGGGUCAGGGAUAUCCAUCCCGGAAGCCGUCAAUGAAGAGCAGGACGAAUAUGGACGCUCUGCCGGGUCAAGUGCAGCGAUCAGCAUCUGGUCUUCUGACUCGCGGUCCCGAGACCGCCUUAAGGCGACCAGCUAUCAACACCAAGGGCCCGCCCGCAGUGGCAGUAUUACCGAGCAGGUGGUCGAUGUCAACGGAAUUCGUAAAGUGGUUCUACACACGACGAGUACGAGUUCCUCCGACGAUGAAUUUGGAGGCAAAUUCCCAGUGCGCCAGGAUGGACAGAUCCAUGACCUUAAUAAUGAUACCGAGAUGACGAAUACCAAUGGACAGAAGAAACGUCGUCGGCGACACAAGCGGGGCAAGGCUUCGAAGGGAUCGCGGGAUGACCAAGAAGAAUCGGCACUUCUGCUGCCGCAAUGACCUUAAGCCCAGGCUCUCAUGCUCCUUCUCUGCUGGUCAGACAGGGCACACUUCAGUUCUACGCACGGGAGCGUCUCAGAUUGUAUGAUUUGUUGUGUGGAGACGUUUGGACGUGCCCUUUCUCUCUAUCACUUUGUGGGGACAUAGCUUCCACCAAGCAUAGCCUGUAUAAUGCAUCAUUGAUCUUUCUUGUCCUGCUAUAUGAGUUUAACAUGCACUCUUCCCCUAGUAUCAGUAUAGCAGUAUGUAUCCGACAUAUACAGCCCUACAGCCGCUCUGCCGACGCUCGGCUCUAGUCCUGCUCUACUAUCAAAGCCCCUGAUCAUCUCCAGUUCUUUCCACCCAGGCCAGACAUGGUUAUCUAUCCAAUAUGCUAGUAAAAAGAAUUACCCGUAUUAAAUCAAAGACUCGGGCCUAUUUCACAGGACUCUACAGUGCUAAGCGUUUCGCCAGUCAAGUCUAACAUUCAUCAAACCAAAUGAAUA